AUGUCACUCGAUCCAGAUGCCACGACCAUUCAACCUUCAGGCCUUGGACGGACGCUUCUUGUGAUUACACUGAUCCUGCCAGUACCGGCAACGAUCGUCAUCAUCCUGAGAUGUUGGAUUCGGAUAAGGCACAAGAUAUUUGGCGUUGAUGAUGCUUUGAUCUUUGUCGGCUGGUUGUGCUACAUGGGCGUCACUGGUAUUGUCAUUCGAAGCACAUACGCCGGUCUCGGCAUAAAAGACGUCAACUUGAAUGCCCACCUCCAAAGUGAUGGGCGGAAGUACCUCUGGGCCUUCCAAAUGACGUAUUGCAUCUCUCUACUCUUCAUCAAGGGGUCCAUCUGCUUUACCCUCCUGCGCAUCGCCGUCCUCAAAGUCCACCGCGUCAUCAUCUGGGCGACUCUGAUCUUGACGACCCUCUCCACCGCCGUUGUCAUCAUCGGCCUCCUCGUCAUCUGCCGGCCGAUAGCUGCGGCCUGGGGUCACCCGGGGACAUGUGCGCCGACCGCGGUCCUCGCCAGCCUCGGCUACCUCGUGUCUAGCGGCGCCAUAUUGACCGACUGGACGUGUGCGAUCCUGCCCGGGUUCAUGCUGUACAAGGUGAACAUGAAGAGGGCGACGAAAGUAUCACUCAGUAUUAUCCUCGGGCUGGGAGUCUUUAGACCUUUAGACCACUGCGCCAACAUCGUAUUAUGGUCCAUGGUCGAGUCAGGGGUCGGGAUCGCCGCCUGUUCGCUCCCUGCGCUCAAGCGGCUGCUCAAGAGGCACUUCCAGUUCGACGCCACGGACGACAAGCCUCCAGGACGAGGAACCCCGUUCGACGGCCUGAACAGAGCAACCAUCACCACCAACACGACUAUAGGCUCACGGCCCGCACGCACGGCCUCGGCACCCUGGGGAGACGGGUUGGGCUGGGAGCAUCUCGACGAUGUCGAGAUGGGCCGGCAGAUCUUUAUCAAGGUGGAUCUGGAGAGGCAGUCGACGGAGCGGCGCACGAGGUCUUGCGGCUCGCGGGGUUCUGGAGAGGAGCUUGUUCCAUCUGAUGCUGGCCAUCGUCGUCAUCAUCAGGCACAGUGA